AGCGUGAGAGAGAUCGGGGUUUUUGGUUGGAUUCUAUAGUUUUGUUUUGAGCCAGCGAGAAAGGAAGAAAGCAACAAGAUGGGUAAGGAGAAGACUCAUAUUAACAUCGUCGUCAUCGGUCACGUCGACUCCGGCAAGUCGACCACCACCGGCCAUCUGAUCUACAAGUGCGGUGGUAUCGACAAGCGUACGAUCGAGAAGUUCGAGAAGGAAGCGCAGGAGAUGGGCAAGGGUUCGUUCAAGUACGCCUGGGUGCUGGACAAGCUGAAGGCGGAGCGUGAGCGUGGUAUCACGAUCGAUAUCGCGCUGUGGAAGUUCGAAACGGCCAAGUACUACGUGACGAUCAUCGACGCCCCUGGCCAUCGCGAUUUCAUCAAGAACAUGAUCACCGGUACGUCGCAGGCUGACUGCGCUGUGCUGAUUGUUGCCGCCGGUACCGGCGAGUUCGAGGCCGGUAUCUCGAAGAACGGCCAGACCCGCGAGCACGCCCUGCUGGCGUUCACCCUCGGUGUCAAGCAGCUGAUCGUCGGCGUCAACAAGAUGGACUCGACCGACCCGCCCUACCAUGAGGCGCGUUACGAGGAAAUCAAGAAGGAGGUGUCUUCGUACAUCAAGAAGAUCGGUUAUAAUCCGGCUUCGGUUGCGUUCGUCCCGAUUUCGGGCUGGCAUGGGGACAACAUGCUCGAACCGUCGGACAAGAUGCCGUGGUUCAAGGGAUGGGCCGUCGAGCGCAAGGAAGGCAAGGCUGAGGGUAAGACGCUGAUCGAAGCCCUGGACAACAUUCUGCCGCCGUCGCGCCCAACCGACAAGCCGCUGCGUCUGCCACUGCAGGACGUGUACAAAAUCGGCGGUAUCGGUACGGUACCGGUCGGUCGUGUUGAAACCGGCGUCCUGAAGCCAGGUAUGGUGGUUGUAUUUGCUCCGGUCAACAUCACCACUGAGGUGAAGUCGGUCGAAAUGCACCACGAAGCUCUGUCCGAGGCUCUGCCCGGUGAUAACGUUGGCUUCAACGUGAAGAACGUGUCGGUGAAGGAGUUGCGCCGUGGUUACGUUGCCGGUGACUCCAAGGCCAGCCCGCCGAAGGGUGCCGCUGACUUCACUGCUCAGGUCAUCGUGCUGAAUCAUCCGGGCCAGAUUUGCAACGGCUACACGCCGGUGCUCGAUUGCCACACCGCUCACAUUGCGUGCAAGUUUGCGGAAAUUAAGGAGAAGUGCGAUCGCCGUUCCGGCAAGGUGACGGAGGAAAAUCCGAAGUCGAUCAAGUCCGGCGAUGCGGCCAUCGUCAACCUGGUGCCAAGCAAGCCGCUGUGCGUCGAAAGCUUCCAGGAGUUCCCGCCGCUCGGUCGUUUCGCCGUGCGUGACAUGCGUCAGACGGUGGCGGUCGGCGUCAUCAAGUCGGUCAACUUUAAGGAGGCGUCCGGUGGUAAAGUAACGAAGGCCGCCGAAAAGGCCCAGAAGAAGAAAUAAC